UCGUGCGUUGCCCCCACUCCUCCAUCGUGUAUGGUCCAAGAAUACAUUUCAUGCAAAACAAAAGCGAAACGUUUAUGAAAGCCUUCUUACCUUUUCUGCCUUGUUCAAUCAUACAAUAAAUCCCCCCACCGGCCUAAUCUUCUCCGUCUCCUUCUUUCACCUCCAACCCCCAAAAAUUCUGAUCUCAAUCUCACACACGCUAUUACUGUAUGCGUCACGCGACAUGACAUGAUCAGAGGCCUUGAGCUAGGAACGUUGUUUUGGGCUGAUCAGCUAGCUAGGUAGCGUAGACUAGUAGUAGUACUUUGCGAUCAGGAAAUUCUGCAAAGUUGCUGUUUUGUGGUUUCUUUUAGUAUUUUUUUUCCCUCUCGAUUUUCAGUGAAUCUCUUUGUCACAUCUCUGCUGGAUUCUUGCCGUACAUCUUGAACGUGAACAAGCGUCAGCCCUAUUAAAUAUUCUUCUGUAUAAACCUAAUUGCCCUCUGGCUAGCAACCUCCGGCAUUCAAGGCUAUACAUAUACACGUAUAUAGUUCAUUUCUUGCUCGUUUGCUUUGGAUCAAAACAACCAAGAAGAAGAUCAUGGGAAAUUGUCAAGCAGCGGAGGCGGCAACUGUCGUGAUACAACAUCCGGGAAACAAGAUCGAGAGGAUUUACUGGUCUGUUAGUGCUCAUGAAAUCAUGAACUCGAAUCCAGGUCACUAUGUGGCACUUGUUGUAACAUCACCAACAACGAGGACAGAAAACGGGUUGCCAUUGAAACAGCUCAAGCUUCUUCGACCUGAUGAUACUUUGCUCAUUGGUCAUGUUUAUCGACUUGUCAGUUUUGAAGAUGUGUUGAAAGAGUUUGCUGCAAAAAAAUGUGUGAAAUUGGGAAAGUUGUUGAAAGAGAGUAGAGGGCUUGGAGGAGAAAUGAAGAGGAAGAACUCGUCAGAUUUGCUCAACCCCAUUUCUAAUUCCGACAACUCCAAUUCCAUCAAGGUGGAGCAGGAGGUUAACCGACUGGGAAGCAAUGGUGGCAGUACAAGCAGCAGCAGCAGCAGUAGCAGAGGAGGAGGAGUGGGGAUGCAUUAUGGUGUUGGUGCUGGUGGUGGGGGGCAAUGGAAGCCAGCCUUGCAGAGCAUUUCAGAAACUGGAACUUGAAAAGCACGACCUUGCACCUUCUCCACUAUCUUUCACACAAGUUAAACCCUCUUAAGCAGUCAGCACUGCCUGCCAUUUUCUUCCAUGAACAUGCCCUUCCUUCAACUCUCCUCAAUACGUUCAUAUUCUCUAGCUCGCCCACCACCCUUAAUUUCUUCUCUUUUUAGAACAUCAACAUGCACAUUAAUCAGUUUCCACUACUAGACCUAGCUAGGUGUUUCUGUCGCCAGAUAUAUGUAACUCAUUUGGACUCCUACGUAUAUAUGGAUAAUCCCCUUUGCUUAA